AUGGCCUCCAAACACAAUGCCGACUUGCCCUGCGCAGCGAUGCUGGCGGCACUGCUGCUCUGCGCUCUCGGAGCUCCAGUUGAAUUCCAGCCCACCGAAAGUCCGGCAGGUGACUUUUCAGGUGAGGAGCAGGAGGUGACCCCUGACCUUUUAAGCGCCUCACCGAUCUGGGGCUUGAUCAUCAGUGUAACCGCUCACCACCAGCAAGAGUUUGAGGAUGAAUUCCAACAGGAAGUGAAAUAUCAUUUUCUGGACCACUACAAAAUCUCCUCACUGCCGACAGACUGCCCCAGCGCCAACUUCAGCAAGGAGGCAUGUCUCCGCAGGUUGGGUGAAGGCCUGAACACCUACAUGGUUCUUUUUAAGCACGUGGAAAAGGAGUACCCCAGCAGCCCCAUCCUCUUGCACGCCAGAUAUCACGGUGGAGUCCUGAUCGGCCUCAUCAAAGAAAAGAUGAGGAACCCUGGUCAGGUGACCGUCCCGACCAGCAGCCAGGAGCAGCAGCUGCUGCAGGACGUGGACAGCUCCAACAAUUUCCACAGGAAGAUGACGGCACACAACAUCCUGCGCCACCUCCACGACUUCCUCCGCAAUGGCAGGGUGGCGAUUCGUAAAAAAGAGAUGCCCAAACAGAAGAGGAGGAAGGACAACGGAAUUAUUGCUCCCAUCCUUCCCUCUUACUAA